CGUUACUUAUACCCCAUCAGAUUCCUUAAAAUUAUUCAUAAUAUUGUUUCAUUGUAUUACACAUUUUAAAAUAAAUACUAUGAAAACUUGAUCUUCUGUGUGUAGUAUUUGUUUUCCCGGAACUCAAUUAAUUAAACAAACUUUAACCAUGUUAAGGAAUAUAUGAGAAUUCUUAUUUAUCUAAAAAUAUUCCUUGAAAUUUUAACCGUAAAUGGGUUUAUAAUAACUAGAAAUACAUUUCCCAAGUUUAAUACUAACUUGUAUAUGAUAUGGGCUUAUCCACUCUUUGAUGAUUCACCUAAACGAGGUCCUAGGCGUAAGAUACAUCAAGCAUUUGAGCGUGGUCCAGUUCGUGCCAACGUUACCUUAAACUAUGAAUAUGCCAAUAGACUAGCUCAAAACAUGUUUCAUGUGCCAGGAAAGGGUGAAUUACCUUAUAUAACUGAGGAGGGGUUGGGAGAUACUGAGGAUAUUCACACUAGUCCUGAGACUGCAUGCGGUGGCAUUGACAUUGACCAGGCAGAGUUUGACAAAAUAAAAAACGUCUACAAGGUGUUUAAUGAUAGAAAUUGUGGAGUUUUGAGAAUUCUCGGUGCUAAGAUGGGACAUUUUUCAUUUCUAUAUUACGGACCCAUCAGGCACAAGUAUGGAAUUAAAUGUUACCUUCGUUACUUGAUAAAUAGAGUUUACCCCGGAUCCAAGGUUACCAUUUUAACUCAGGAGUCAUAUGACCGUAAUCGUAUACAGCAAGGUGUCAAUCCCGGUCUUUUUGCCAAACAAAGACGGCUCAUGGUUACUGGCAGGGAUUAUUGUGAAUCAUUUAAUGAUGGACUUCCCAACGAAAACGCUCUCCCACCCAAAGUCGAUAUGAUCAUCUGAUCCCAUUAAUUUUAUUAAUAUAUUCA